AUGUCCCUACCUGAAGACGGUGUCGCAGAUGGCUCUGUCGACCUUCCACCGCUCCCUCUUCCCGAAGGCAUCACUUCACGCCAGAUUCCUGACACUGCUUGUGGUCUCUCCUUCCACAUCCUGGAGGCUGGCUUUGACCCAAAUCGUACCAAACCACUCAUUCUCUUGCUUCAUGGCUACCCCGAGCUUGCGUAUUCGUGGCGAAAGGUCAUGCAUCCACUAUCGUCGGCUGGCUUCUACGUGGUUGCCGUGGACCAGCGCGGCUACGGUCGAACGACAGGUUGGGACCACUCGCCAUACUCUACCGUUGAUUUGUCCCAGUUCACCAUGACGCGGCUGGUCGGAGACAUGUUGGUGCUGAUCUCUGCUCUUGGGUACACCGAGGUCCGAUGUGUCGUUGGCCAUGACUUUGGGGCUGUCAGUGCAAGCCUCUGUGCGUUGAUGCGGCCUGACGUGUUCAGGAGUGUGGUAAUGAUGAGCCAUCCGUUCAAGCCUCCGCCAUCUCUUCCAUUCAAUACCGCGAACCUAUUGCCAUCGGAGCAAGCCCAAGGAGAUACCAUCGUCGGACGAGACGUUCAAGGCGACCUCGCAUCGCUCGAUCCGCCCCGAAUGCACUACAAGUGGUACAACAGUACGCCACAAGCGGCGCAGGACUGGGACAACCCACCUCAAGGAUUGAAGGCGUUUCUGCGGGGAUACUUCCACCUGAAGAGUGCGGAUUGGACGGCCAACAAGCCACACCCUCUCAGCGAGUGGAAUGCGUCAGAGCUGGCCAAGAUGCCCGAGUACUACGUCAUGCCGCUUUCGGCCAGUAUGCCUGACGUUGUGUCCUCUAAUAUGGCCAACGAGGACGCACGCGCAACCGAGAAGUGGUUGUCAGACGAAGACGUUGCGGUGUACGCGGGCGAAUGGGAGAGAACCGGUUUCCAAGGCGCACUCAAUUGGUAUCGGAGCCAAACCGACCCAAAACAGACACGGGAUCUUCAGCUUUUUGCGGGGAGGAAGAUUGACGUCCCGAGCAAAUUCGUGACGGGGAAGGCCGAUUGGGGGAAUUACCAGGUGCCUGGAGCACUGGAGAGUUUCCCAGAAAGCUGCAGCGACUUCAGGGGAGUCUCUUUUGUGGACCAUGCCGGCCAUUGGCCCCAGCAAGAGCAACCAACACUGGUGGUCGAGAAGAUCCUGAGGUUUGUGACGAGCUUGUAG